AUGAGUUAAAAAACUUAAAGCAACGUUUUUUUAUAAUAAAGGAAUAUUAUAAAAUGUGAGUUAAGCUCAGAAAUUCUUUAGUAAUUUAGAACUAUUUUUGAUGAGAAGCUAAAUCCAGAUCUUUUCAAGCAAAAAAAGAUAAAAGAAAUAUAUCAAAUUAUUACUGAAAAUCUCACCGAUGAAGUAUUAAGCAAAUAUCUUAUCGCAGUUGUGUUAAAUCCAGUUUAUAAUAUAAAUUAUGAAGAAGGACAUGUUUUAAUUGUUAAUUAUGAAAGAAUUGGAUUAUUCUGCUAUAAGCCUAAAUACAUAGAUUUAUCUCUCCCAUAAAAUGUUUAAGCAUAUGAUAAAGACACAAUAAAAAAGAUGGAAUCGUAUGCAAAAUUAGUGGAAAUUACAGACAAAGAAAGUUUCGAAAAUGAUAAAUUUUUAAAGGAAUAUUUAUCUGCUUAUUACGUUAAAAAUUAUGUUAAGCUAGAUACUGAUCUUGAUUAAUAUGAACUCAAAUUUAUUAAUGACAUUAGGGAUGCAUUUAUUAUUGCAUCAGGAAUGGGAUUUUGGCAUAUAUUUUUAGGCGAAAAGAUCGUUUUUGAUAAAGAAUUAAAUUCUAAAAAAAAAGAUAUCAAAGGCAGCUUGCCUAAAAGAGAAAGUUUAAUUGACUUAUCAUAUUAAUUUGAUUAAAAUAAGAAAAAGAGAAUACUUGCAAUAUCAUAAUAAUCCAAUAAACCUUCAUUUUUCCAAAUGACUAAAAUUGGCUGGACUUAGUUAUUUAUACUUGCACUCCUAUUUUUGAUACUCUUUUUGGCACUAGGUUGUGAAGAGUUUAAAAUUAAAAAGCAAUCAGAAAUAGAUUUUUAGAUUAAAGAGUAUUAAUAAAAAAUGAAGCUUUUAAAGGAAGAACAAGAAGAAUCCUAUUUCUUUUAAUCUGAAGAAAACACUGACGAAUCAAAAUUUGAGUUUGUUCCAAAACUAUCUCCCAAAAUAAUUAUUAUGGAUGGAGUCUGCUAUCUAAGAAAUGAAUUAAUUAUUCUCAGCAUGAUAAUAGUUUUUGCUUAUUUCGGGACUUCAUUAUUCAAGAAUCGCUAAAAAUUUCGUAAGUGA